AUACCCGACGAAAUCGUUUCGGGCGAUUAUUCUUCAAGGAUCGAUCCGAUAAGCCGAGCGACCUAAAAAUCUUGUGAUUUCAAGGAGAACUAAUGUUCACCGAUAGCUCAGUCUCAAACGCUGCAGCAUGGCUUCCCAAACAAUCCUACGGCCCUCGCCUGGGACCCGAUACUGCGGCUGAUGAUGAUCGGCACGGCAUCCGGCGCCAUCAAGGUAUUCGGCAGGCCAGGCGUCGAGUUCUACGGACAGCAUGUCGAGACCGGCGAAAGAGCGAUCAAGAAGAUCGUCGCCGUUCCCAACGAGGGCCGACUGGUUACCCUAUUGGACAAGUCGGUGCACAUGUGGGAGAUCGACGAGAGCUCGAUCAUCGAGACGCAGAGCUUCUCGUUGGAGGGGAAGUUUAAAGUGUCCGCGAUGUGCCUGGAAUCGAGCGGCGAGAACCUUCUCCUCGGCACCGAGGGCGGUAACAUUUAUCUUCUGAACAUGAAGACCUUCACGACAUCCGAUAACAUCAUCUACCAGGAAGUAGUGAUACAGAACGUACCGAAUGAUUACAAGAAGAAUCCGCGUGCGGUCGAGGCGAUAGCGGAACAACCAGGUCAUCCGGACAAUAUUCUGAUAGGUUACAAUCGCGGUUUAAUGGUUCUGUGGAACAAAGCGACUCCAGGAGCCCAACAGCUGAUGGGUUUGUUUUCGCGUGCGCAGACGUUCGUCUCCACGCAACAGCUGGAAUCGGUGCACUGGGUCUCCGAGACCCGUUUCGUUUCCUCGCACAACGACGGCUCGUACGCGUUCUGGAGCUCCGGGUCCGAUACCAUGCUGGAAUCCACCACCCCUUACGGGCCGUUCCCAUGCAAAGCCAUCACGAAGAUUCUCGUCUAUCCUACUAAAGAACACGGAGAACUGGUCCUAUUCUCUGGCGGUAUGCAGCGAGCCAGCUACGGCGACCGUGACACCUUCACCGUCAUGUCGAAGGAGAAACACGUGGUCUUCGACUUCACUUCGAAAGUGAUCGAUUUCUUCACCGUAUUCCCCAAGCAAGAAGACGGCAAGGACGCUUCUGAUGGCCCGGAAGCUCUUGUCGUAUUGGCCGAGGAAGAGAUUGUAGCCAUCGAUUUGACCCAUCCCGAAUGGAAGAUGAUGGCGUUGCCUUAUCUAGUGUCCCUUCACGCGAGCGCUGUUACCUGUUCGCAACACGUGCCAAACGUGCCCGACGAACUUUGGAAUAGCAUUGUCGCGGCUGGAAAAGCGCAGACCGAACACUUAUACUCGGAUAAACCGUGGCUGAUCGAUGGGGGGAUCCUCAAUCCUAAAGCAGCAGGUGACAAGCCAAAGGGUAAAGAAUUGUUGCUCACAGGACACGAGGAUGGAACGGUUAGGUUCUGGGACGCCUCGGAUGUUGCGUUGACGCCGUUGUACAAGUAUAAUUCGUCCAUCUUGUUCACCGGUGAGCAUCUAGACGUUUUGGAGCAACCGCCGGAAGACGAUGAAGAUGAGUGGCCUCCGUUUAGAAAAGUUGGUACCUUUGAUCCGUAUUCGGAUGACCCGCGACUAGCGGUGAAGAAAGUCCUGCUGUGCCCUCUCUCCUCGACGUUGGUUGUUGCGGGCACUGCCGGCCAUGUUAUCACUGCUUCCAUAUCGUCCGAGCCAGCGAACAAGGAGAUCAAAGCUGUCACCAUGAACAUCGUGAACGAUCGUGACGGUUUCGUUUGGAAAGGCCACGAUCAUUUGCCCGUAAGAACCACGAGCAUAUCUUUCGCGGUCGGAUUUCAACCGCAGAAUCUUCUUCAAUUGUAUCCGCCGGCUACCGUCACCGCAUUGGCAAUGCACAGCGAGUGGGGAUUACUAGCUGCUGGUACCGCCCACGGUUUAGCGGUCUUUGAUUAUACUAGGUCGAAAGCUGUCACUGUCAAGUGCACCCUCAAUCCAAAUGAUCUUUCUGGCGCGGGAGACACGCCCAUUUCUAGAAGAAAGUCGUUUAAAAAAUCGUUGAGGGAGUCCUUCAGGAGAUUAAGAAAAGGAAGAUCACAGCGCAGGAUGAACGCUGGAAGUCCGACGAGGAACGCCCCAGUGGAAAAGAAGGAGACUACCAGUGUCGCUUCUUCUCCGAGCGGCGAGCUUUCACCGGUGGAAUUGAAGUCCGUGGAAAGACAAGUGGAAGCGAGACCCGUGGACGAUGCUCUCGGUUCGAUGGUCCGAUGUUUAUAUUUUGCUAGGAGUUACAUUAUCAGCAUGAGGAACACCACCCCCACAUUAUGGGCAGGUACCAAUAAUGGUACAGUCUACGUUUUCACAUUAGCGAUACCGGCAGGCGUCAGGCGAACAGAGGAGGAUGUAAAUUGUACAUUAGGAAAAGAGAUUCAAUUAAAGCACAGAGCACCCGUAAUUGCGAUAACGAUACUGGACGGAUCGAACGUUCCUCUACCAGAACCAUUCGAGGCUGAGAAAGGCGUGUGCCCCGGUCCCGACAUGGCUUCCCCGCACAGAGUAGUGAUCGCUAGCGAGGAACAAUUUAAAAUCUUCAAUCUUCCGUCGUUGAAACCGUUCUGUAAAUACAAGCUGACCGCGCACGAGGGUUCGCGAGUGCGGAAGACGGGUUUUGCGAAGUUCACGUGUCCUGUGGAACCUGCGGGAACACACGAGGAGACUUAUUUAUUGUGUCUAACCAACCUCGGAGAUUGUUUAGUGCUCAGCAUUCCGGAAUUCAGAAGACAACUGAACGCUGCUGCCAUAAAACGCGAAGACAUUAAUGGCAUUUCCUCGUUGACAUUCACGAAAUCCGGAGAAGCUCUGUACCUGCAUUCCAGUUCGGAGCUCCAACGAAUUUCUUUAUCGGCUAGUAACGAGACGAAAACGCACUGCGCGCUAAAUCUGCCGCCUAACGCAAGGUCGCACACCAAUAAAACCAACGCGAAGGAGAAAGUUCAGGAACAAGGUGUCGCGGAAAGUGAAACGGAAACGGAAGGCGACACGCAAGGUAGUCAACCGGCUGCUCCGGUACAAAGGACGAUAACGGAGAACGGUGUCGUCGGUUCCACCGGUGGCGAUGAGUCCCCGAAAGAACCAACCCUACGGCCAGCAGCAAGUACCAAUGACGUCAACGGGGAUGACGAUCGUCAAGACCUAAGCUCUAUAGGAGACAUCACGAUCGAUAGUGUCAAGGACCAUUUACUUAACAGUUCACUUUUCAGAAAUGCAACGUCUUCCGAAGAACUUCACAGUCGUCUUGCAGGGCUUAAGAUGGAGGUGACUUCGCGAACCUCGGAAAUUUCCACACAGAAUCAGUCGUUAGUUGUGAAGACAACCACCGUUGUCUCUCAGACGACCAACAAUACCACCGCCAAUGGAGAGGUCGAAACGAGUCAGACGAACGAAACGCAGCAAAUGAACAGCACUACGGUAGAGAGAGAGAUACGCAGCGGUACCGAGACAACCACGACACACGCUACCAUCACUCUGCCCCCAAACGUCGAGAUUAGGGCAGCCGACUUAGCAAACCUGGAAGUGACAACAACUACUGUGACCACCGAAAAGUCGAAAGCACCAUUGGCCAGGCCUGAAGAAGUUGGUUCUUAGAAGUAUGGUCCGAACCAUUCCCGCGCUCCGAUCAAACAAAUUUUUGAUCGCUCUGAAUAGCCAGAGCCACGAAUAUAAAAUUAGAUGUUUUUACUUAACGAACUCACACGUGUACACAGCGGCGAUAGGUAGAGUUUAUAAUAUCGUAGUUGUUUUUAAAAGCUCUAGAUUUGUACGCGGCACUAGCGUUAGCCAUAUAAACGAUAAGACAAGCGAGGAAAUUUUUCGACUAUUGAAAAACGACGAAUCGCUUAAGUUAUGUCAACUGCCAAAAUUGUGGACUUGCAUUUUAUUCGUGUCUUUUUCUUUUCUUUUCUUUUUUUUUUAACGAAAGAGAACAAAACAAAGGAAAAGUCAGUCUUUGUCUUCGCAUAU